AUGGUUUUUGGGGCCUACAACGAAGGCACCACCAACAGGGCCUACAACGAAGGCACCUCCAACAGAGCCUACUACAACAAGUGUUCCAACAGGGCCUACAACAACAAGUGUUCCAACAGGGCCUACUACAACAAGUGUUCCAACAGGGCCUACAACGAAGGCCCCAUCAACAGGGCCUACUACAACAAGUGUUCCAACAGGGCCUACAACGAAGGCCCCAACAACAGGCCCUACAACGAAGGGCCUACAACGAAGGCCCCAACAACAGGGCCUACAACAGUAACACCGUCAUCUAAGGCCCCAACAACAGGGCCUACAACGAAGGCCCCACCAACAGGGCCUACAACGAAGGCCCCACCAACAGGGGCCUACUACAACAAGUGUUCCAACAGGGCCUACAACGAAGGCCCCAACAACAGGGCCUACAACAAGGCACCACCAACAGGGCCUACAACGAAGGCACCUCCAACAGGGCCUACAACAACAAGUGUUCCAACAGGGCCUACAACGAAGGCCCCAACAACAGGGCCUACAACAGUAACACCGUCAUCUAAGGCCCCAACAACAGGGCCUACAACGAAGGCCCCACCAACAGGGCCUACAACGAAGGCACCACCAACAGGGCCUACAACGAAGGCCCCACCAACAGGGCCUACAACGAAGGCCCCACCAACAGGGCCUACAACGACGGCACCACCAACAGGGCCUACAACAAGUGUUCCAACAGGGCCUACAACAAGUGUUCCAACAGGGCCUACAACGAAGGCACCACCAACAGGGCCUACAACGAAGGCACCUCCAACAGGGCCUACAACAACAAGUGUUCCAACAGGGCCUACAACGAAGGCCCCAACAACAGGGCCUACAACAGUAACACCGUCAUCUAAGGCCCCAACAACAGGGCCUACAACGAAGGCCCCACCGACAGGGCCUACAACGAAGGCACCACCAACAGGGCCUACAACGAAGGCACCACCAACAGGGCCUACAACAACAAGUGUUCCAACAGGGCCUACAACAACAAGUGUUCCAACAGGGCCUACAACGAAGGCCCCAACAACAGGGCCUACAACGAAGGCACCACCAACAGGGCCUACAACGAAGGCCCCACCAACAGGGCCUACAACGAAGGCACCUCCAACAGGGCCUACUACAACAAGUGUUCCAACAGGGCCUACAACGAAGGCACCAACAACAGGGCCUACAACGAAGGCUCCACCAACAGGGCCUACUACAACAAGUGUUCCAACAGGGCCUACAACGAAGGUCCCACCUACAGGGCCUACAACAGUAACACCGUCAUCUACAACAGUAACUACUCCAACAACGACAGGGCCUACAACGAAGGCCCCACCAACAGGGCCUACAACGAAGGCACCUCCAACAGGGCCUACAACAAGUGUUCCAACAGGGCCUACAACGAAGGCCCCAACAACAGGGCCUACAACAGUAACACCGUCAUCUACAACAGUAACUACUCCAACAACGACAGGGCCUACAACGAAGGCUCCACCAACAGGGCCUACAACGAAGGCUCCACCAACAGGGCCUACAACGAAGGCUCCACCAACAGGGCCUACAACGAAGGCUCCACCAACAGGGCCUACAACGAAGGCUCCACCAACAGGGCCUACAACAGUGUCUCCUCCAACAACGACAGACUCAACAACAGUGACUCCUCCAAUAACAACAACAACAGAACAGCCUUUCGUGUGUAAUGAAUAUGACUUUUACUUCAAAUCCGAUGUUGAGACUUGUUCGAGGUUCUAUAUGUGUGUCUACGGUGACUUUUAUCAUGAAUCAUGUCCUAAAGGCUGGCAUUAUAAUGAAACUAUUGAACGUUGCCUUGCCUCUGAAGAACCUGGUUGCCUUACCACUUCAACUACGACAACUACAACUACAGUAGUCCCACCUAUUACUUCGACUACUGGGUGUAGUGCCGAUGACUCGUGGUCGAAACCAGACCCUACCAGUUGUGAACAUUUUGAGCUCUGUAUGCAUGGAAGAAUGAUACAUAAGAAAUGCCCAGAUGGACUUGAGUUUAGUGCUACGGUGUCUAAAUGCCUACCAAAAUCGGAGGCUGGUUGCACCGUAAAGACCAAAACCACUCAAGCGCUGCCCAUGAUCCUCUCUCGUUUCAAAGAGGACCCUGAGGUCAACUGCACAGGUUCUUCAGACACGCCUGUGUACUUCAUAGAAGAUCCGAACGAUUGUAGACGAUAUUAUAUCUGUUCUUCUGGCAAUGCGGUCUUGCAGACUUGUCCUGAUGGAUUCUUCUUCAGUGAUAGACGACAGAUAUGUCUACCUUCACACCAAGUGCAAUGUAAGAAUUUGUGUCCAAACGACAUCACACAAUUCGUGGCAGACCCUUAUGACAAGACACGGUACUACAUAUGUUUCAAUGGCAUUCCCUUACCUCAAAUAUGCCCAGCAGACUACAAGUUCGAUCCCGAUGUAUUAAUAUGUGUUAAGGAAAAGAAGAAAAUUAAAUAUUAGAUAAUUGAUAUACAAAAACCCAAGAUGCACAGUCUCGAAUAACAGUAACGCUCGAAAGUGAACGAACACUAAUUCUGUCUCUUUCUAUAAGGUACAAGCUUAGCAUUGCAAGUUCAACUUUACGCGAAUUGCUUAAAGUCGUUAUUACAACGCACUGUAGUUAGAGCAAUAAAAUUUUACGACCGAAGUGGUCGGCUAGGACAAAGAAAAUGAGCGCACAAUUUUGAAUGUUGCGCUCAUUUUGUGAGGACGUUUUUGAGACGUUGAGUGUGCAUCUUGGGUUUUUUGUAUAUCAAUGUAUUAGGUAUAAGAAAUAAUAAAAUU